UAUCAAUAAAUAAAUGACUUGGGGUUUAUAUGUAUUACAUUUACAAAUACAGUAUGUUAUGCACACACACACACACACAGAAUUUUAAAUAGCUGUGUAAAAACGUGUAGGUACAGGUGCAGACGCAGCUCCAGCCAUGGCUGGCCAGGCGCUCCUGUGUGGGGCGGCCGGGCCCCCCUGCCCUCUCACCCUGUUAUUUGUGAGCUCCCCCAGCGGGACGAGGUGCAGAGGGCCAUGACUCAGCUGCUGGGCUGGGUGGUGUCCAGCCGGUGUUUGGCAGAGAUAAGACCCCCCCCAGCAUCCUCCCUUUAUUCCGGCUUUUUGUUUGCUUUUGUCCUGACGCACAAAACAAAAACUCCUCCGUGGAGUGCUGCGGCGAGGCAAGUGUAAGAGGCAGAGCGGUCAUGACAGAGGAGAGGUGUGCCAAAGUGGAGCAGUAUGUUGGUGAAAUUAAAGGUGGCCUGAGACCAGCCAUGAAACUCACAGUCAUAGGCAUUGUACACUCCAACCCAAAGAGUUUUUCGGUGACUCUGCUCUGUGAUCCAGUGGAUGCAAACAAAGAUGUUGGGCUGUUAUUUACAGUUAACUUCAGUGAGAAAUCCAUCACCCGAAAUGCACGAAUUGGUGGAAAAUGGGGAAAAGAAGAGAAGACUAUUCCCUACUUUCCAUUUACAGCAGGCGAUACAUUCAAGAUGGAGCUCUUAUGUGAACACCAGCAAAUACGAGUCCUGCUUGAUGGACGGCAGCUCUGUGACUUCACUCACCGCAUUCAGCCUCUGAACUUGGUUAAAGUUUUGCAGAUCUCAGGGGACAUCAAGCUUACCAAAGUGGCUUGAAAAGAGGAGACCUCAAUAUCACCGGGGAACAGAGGAAUAUGUACUUUUUCUUGUCUGAGAAAUGUUUUAUCUCUUUCCUCUGGAUGAUUCUGGAGAGUGGGAACUAUAUUUUUUUUAAUUUGCUGAUGUGUUUGAGAUGUAAGCUUUUUUUUCUCAUACACAGUCAGCAAUUGCAGAGCUAUGGCUAGUCUGGGUAAAUCUGAGACUUAUUGCUGAGAUACACUUUUGGCCUCCCAAACUGCAAGAUUUGUGAUGCUGUGCAGUAUCUCACAUUCUUAUGAUUCCUUAACCUCCCAUGCAUGCCAGGUGACAGAGCUCAGUCUUCUGCAAUGGGGUGGCUGCUAGCCUUGUGACUAGAACUGGGCAUUAUGCAGGUAAUGGGACUGAGAAAAGAGAAGCAGGAGAUUUUCUUGUAAGUCAAUAAGGGAAUCUGAUGGUCCCCAGCAAGGCUCACAUUGUCAGGAGGGAACUGCUUUUUCUGGAAGCUCUGCUCAAUCAACACAAAGCCAUUUGGGCUUCCGAGUACAGAGCAAUAAAUUCCUUCUCAACAUCCCUGUCUCUUCCAGGUAGCUUUUCCUGAGUUGAAGGGUUUCAACAGCUGUGGAUUUCACAGUCUUCUCUGGACCAGGCCUAGGAAAUGUAUCUGUAGCUGAAACUGCAUUGCCCACUUUUGUAUCUAAUUAAAACUGCAUCUUUGCUGGCAAACUUCUUUAAAUAAACUCUGUUAAAUAUUUGAACACAUGUAA